GACGCCGCGAUUCCUCGUGCCUUGUGCAUCAAACGGCUCAAUCCGCGAGAACGACAUUUGCUAUCGACCCUCACAAUUACCCAAAACCGCCAGCUGGGAGGCCAUCCCCGCGUCACGCAACGAUGCUAGCAGCCCACCACGACCAGGAGAAUGUUUACACGCACCAGGCGGGUGCAUCGAAGCAACAAUUACAGGCAAAGACGCCAGGUGCCCGCUUUCCAAAGACUCCCCUCAAGGUUCCGCUCAACGACGAGAACUCGAACCACGGUUUUGGUGGCAAGAGCGUGCUGCGAGGAAAGGGAAACAAUGAAAACACCCUCACUGUUGGGAAGGGUGCCAAUGGCCUUGGCAAAUCUGGCAAGUCGGCCAUGGUGACGCCAGCGGCACCGAGGACCGGCCGGGCGCCUCUCGGAAACAAGACGACGAAUGCGAAGGCUAGGGCGACGUACCAAACGCCCGGGGCCAAGGUGACUGCCCGUGACUUCGAAAAGAGCGCGGUCAAGCCAACUACUACUCUGCGACCUAAACAGCGUGCACCUGAAGUUGAAUCUUCCAAACUAGAGGUGCACACGGACCACGGGCCGCUCGAGGAGGAAGAGAUCGAGUAUGCACCCCCGAAGCCGAAAGAGACCCCUUACGAGUCCGACGUGUUCCCCGACGGCGUCUUGACCUUUGAGGGACUGAAGCCCGAGAACUUGUUCAAGGGUUAUUACAAAUAUUACUUCAACCGUGUCGACGGCGAGGGGAAAACAGCGCUGGAGCGGGACAUGGAAGAGCGGCAGAAGCAAAGCUUUGAGCGUGGCGAAGAGCAGAUCCGAAAGGAUAUGGAGGAAUUUGACUGGAGCAUCGGUGACAUCCCGGAGAGUAAGGAUGUAUUCAAGAAGAAGAGUACCGCGGUUCCGGCAGCCCCAGCGACAACCAGCAAAAAGGUGGUGCGGCCGAUGCCCAAGCAGCCGUCGACGCUCGCAUCCAGGAAAGCAGCAUCAGCUCUCGCCAUGCCGGCGAAGCCAUCUGGCAUCACUCAACCAAAGUUGACGAAGACAACCACCUUGGGAACAACCGAAACCCGGACCAGAGGGCUUUUUGUCCCCAAGCGAAGAACGGCACAACCCGUGGCGCAACCCACCAUGUCGGUUAAAGAGCGGGCGCCCGCAGUUGCCGCGUCACGCAGCACCCUAGGCUACAACAAGGGUCGGUCCGUAUCAUCUGCGGUCCAGGGAACCGGUAGCGACACAGGUAGCCGCCAGCCCCAAACUCAGAUCGGCCCCAAGCCUCGCACAUUAGUGCGUUCUGUCAGCACAGCGUCAACCAGCUCGGAGGCCACCAUCACACCAGCCCGUUUUGCCCAGGCGUCGGAGCUAAAGAAGCCGGAUUUUUUGUCCAUCUUUGACGCCGAUGAGGAAGAGGAUGGUCUGGGUGGUGGCCUGCCUCCUGUGGCUGACGACGAUGACGAUUUCCAGUUCGUCGUAAAGUUUGAUUGAGCCACGCUGGCUGGGAGAUGCUACGGGUGGUUACCGGAGGCGUUGUGAUGGCGUUUGGGCCAGGACCUACAUAUUUUACUCGGGAUUGGUCGGACACAUGGGUACUAUUGGGGGGCUGGCAUUGGUUUACACCCUUUUCUUUUGUGGUUCUGCGAGUGGUGGAU